GGAGGCUGGUGGAGUCAACCGGAGCCAGACUAUAUAAGCGUCUCGUCUCCCAGCUGAAGCCACUUCUCUCUCUGAGCUCCCUCUAAAGGAGGUGUCAGGAUGAAGCUCCUUUUUGCAGCUGCCUUUGCACUCUUUGCGCUUUCUACCCUUGACCAGGUAGAUUCCUCGGCUUAUGAUAAAAUAGUGAGCCACAGCCGCAUAAGGGCAAAGAAGGAAGGGCCAAACGUAUGCGCACUCCAGCAUGUGUUGGGAACCAAGAAGAAGUACUUCAGUACUUGCCGUAAUUGGUACCAAGGAACCAUCUGUGGAAAGAAAGCUUCUGUUGUCUAUGAGUGCUGUCCAGGAUACAUGAGGCUGGAUGGUAUGCAUGGCUGUCCUGCUGUCGCUCCCAUUGACACUGUAUACGGCACCCUCGGCCUGGUGAAUGCAGUCACCACACAGCAGUACUCAGCCAUGUCCAAACUAAAGGAAGAGAUCGAAGGAGCAGGAUCUUACACCUUCUUUGCCCCCAGUAAUGAAGCUUGGGAUAUUUUAGAUACGGAAGUGAGAGGUGCUUUGGUGAGCAAUGUCAACAUCGAGCUGUACAAUGCUCUGCACUACCACAUGGCUAACAAGCGCCUCCUCACCAAAGACCUGAAGAAUGGACUCAAGAUCAAGUCUAUGUACAAUGACCUUACUCUCCACAUCAACCACUAUUCCAAUGGCGUGGUUACAGUCAACUGUGCCAGGAUCAUUCAUGGGAACCAGGUGGCCACCAAUGGAGUGGUGCAUGUCAUUGAUCGUGUUAUCACUGCUGUGGGCAACACCAUUCAGGAUGUGCUUGACAUUGAGGAUGAUCUGUCUUCUCUGAAUACUGUAGCUUCUAAUGCUGGUCUGUUGGAGAUGUUGGGCAAGCCAGGGCACUUCACUCUGUUUGCUCCCACCAAUGAUGCCUUUUCUAAGCUGGACAAAGAAGUAAUGGAUAGACUUAUGGCUAACAAAGGUGCCCUCAAAGCCCUGUUUAAUUACCACCUCUUGGACUCGAUCCAGUGCUCAGAAGCCAUCAUGAGUGGCACUGCAUAUGAGACUGUGGAGGGCAGCAACAUUGAAAUUGGCUGCGAUGGAGACAGCCUCACCGUUAAUGGUGUCAAGAUGGUGCUCAAGAAGGACAUUGUCACCAGCAAUGGAGUUAUCCACCUGAUUGACCAGGUGCUCAUGCCAGACUCAGCUAAGCAGGUGAUGGAGCUGGUUGGCGAGUCACAGUCCACCUUCGGUGAUAUGGUGGCAGAACUGGGUCUGGCAGCAGCCAUGAGACCGCAGGCCGAGUACACGCUCCUGGCUCCUCUCAACGUAGCCUUCAAUGACGAGGUAAUGUCCAUAGACCAGAGUCUCCUACGAAUCAUUCUGGAAAACCACAUCCUGAAGAGCAAGAUUGUGUUGAGUCAGCUGUUUAAUGGCCAGCGUCUGGAGACUCUGGGAGGAAAGUUCCUCCGGGUGUUUGUGUACCGCACGGCCGUGUGCAUUGAGAACGCCUGCCUGAUCCGAGGAAGCAAAGAGGGAGUCAAUGGUGCUCUCCAUCUCAUGAAGACUCUGAUCCAACCAGCUGAAUUCAACAUGUUCCAAGUGCUGACUAAACACGGAGGCUUCAAGAUCUUUUUGUCUCUGAUGGAGGCGGCUGGUCUGACUGACUUGCUGAAGCAGGAGGGAGAAUUCACCCUGUUUGUCCCAACCGAUGAGGCUCUUGCUGGACUCACUGAAAGAGACAUCAACAUUCUGAAGAGUGAUCCCAAUGCCCUCAGAGCCAUCCUGCUCUACCACUUCAGCAAAGGUAUUUUCAUCGGCGGAGGCUUGGAGUCCGGAGUCACUAAUCUGCUCAAAUCUCUUCAGGGCAGUAACAUCAAACUCUUGUUUGGGAAUGAUGGCAUGAAGGUGAACUCAGUGCAAAUUCCCAAAUCCGAUCUCAUGGCUUCAAAUGGAGUCAUUCACGUCACCACAAGUCUUCUGUACCCUGAAGAUGUUCCUGUUGGAAGCCAGGAAUUCCUUACACUGCUUAGACGGUUCAUCAAGUACAUCCAGAUCAAGUAUGUCUCAGGCUACAGAUUUAAGGAGAUCCCUCUGACAUUCAUGAAGAGAAUCAUCACAGUUCCCGAAGUCACCAAAGUGACCCGAGUCAUUCAGGGAUCACGUGUUAUUGAGGGAGACCCAAGCCUGACCAAGGUCACCAGGGUCAUUCAGGGAGACCCGACCCUAACCAAGGUUACGAGAGUCAUCGAAGGUGACCCCUCUUUCACCAAGGUUACAAGAGUCAUCGAAGGUGACCCCUCUUUCACCAAGGUUACGAGAGUCAUCGAAGGUGACCCAACUUUCACCAAGGUCACAAGAGUCAUAGAAGGGGAGCCGUCUCUUACCAAAGUGACCCGAGUUGUUGAAGGUCCUGAGAUCUUUUUCAGCAACAUUGCCGAUAUGGAGCACAAUGGGCCUCAGACAAAGUUUAUUGAGAUGGACACAGAUGCUGAGAAAAUUACCUACACCAUUCAGGAUGGACGACGAGUGCCAGGACGGCGUGUGCCAGCUGGAACCAGAAGGAGAACCAGGAUGACCAGCCAACCCAAGACUCAGUGAGAUGGGAAAAACAAAUGGACCCUUCAAAUGUUUUAAAGAAAUCAGGGGUUCAAGGGAAUCAUUUGUUUAAAAACGGAAAAUAAAAAAGUGGCCUCUCUUAAUACGAUUCUUUUCAAUUGAGUCUGUUCGGAACUUGAUUUGAAUCAAAGAGAGAUGAAUUCAUUUUUUUUUUUUUAGCAUUUGUUGUUUGUUAAUCCAGAGAGAAAUUCAAUAUUAAAUUGUCCCUGUGUAUGUACAUAUUUUUAUAGGGUUUUUUUUUUAUUUUGUAGAGGGUUACGUUUGGAACAGACUGGUACUAAAAAAAAAAAUUCACUCAGUUCACUGAAAAUCGAUGUCAAAGACAAGAUGUGGAAACGACUCCCAUCUGUGUAUGUUUAACAUGUAUUUUUUUUUAUUUUUUAAGAAGCAUUCAGUUUGUUCUGCAAGCAGAUCUGUUUCCGAGAAUAUUUCGGGUUAACUCCUUAAACCAAGAUGGAACAUGAAUCCAGAUUUUUGUUGGGUUGAGGUUUACUUCUGCAUGGCCAAAGAUUCUAUGGUGCUCAUGUUCAGUAUUUGUUUCUUUAAAACAAUAAAAGUUUGCAAGAUUUUGAUAAAA